AAGUCAAAGUCACCUUUCAUGUGGAGCAGGUUGAUCAACUGCUGGCCUGCGAGAGAGUCCUCAAGUUUAUGGAUUUAUAGGUAAAAUGGAUGAGUAUCAACACCCGCUGUUCUUUGAAGCAAAGCAGCUGAGAGAUGAUGAGAAGGUGAAGAUCAGGAGACACUUUCAGAAAAGAAGAGAAUCUGGGGGAGGAGACUGUGGCUUUGUAGAAAAGGUCAGAGGUAAAACCUACCGAAUCUGCUUCAAGGAAAAAGAAGACCAGGAAAGAGUUUUGGAAAGAAAAGUGCACACCAUCCGUCUUGCUUGUGAAGAGCUGCAACUGACCGUGAGCCGAACUGAUCCUCCUCAAAACCUUGAAAAUACAGAUCAGACAACCAGCAGUCACCCACAGACAGCAGAAGCAAAAUGUCUGGAGAAGAGUUUUCCCAUGGACACUUUCCUCCUGUGUUACCUGAGAGACAACAAGAAAGCAUCCAAGGCAUUAAAUAAACAACUCUCUUCAAUCGGCUGCACGGUGGAGUUAAGUAUCGACGAAGAGAAGGCAGUGGUGAGGGGGAAUAUUGAGAAGGGACCUGGAAGGGCUUUUGGUAAUUCUGCAGAGAAAUGGGAGCUCCAAGUUGAUCAGGUCUUUAUCGGUCUCAUUGAAAGCUACCUCUGCUAUCAUGUGUUGGAUCCAAAACAAGUCAAAAUGCUGCUGCAUGAUCCCUCCUUUGCUACUGAUGAUGUAAAAGUGUACAAGGAGAGUGGUUAUGCCGUGGUUGUGGGAGAAGUUGAUGUUGUGAAGGAGAAGAUCGCAGCUCUGGAAAAAAGCCUGCCGAUCCAGAAGAACCUGCCAGUUGUGGAGAAGCAGUUCAAACUGGUAGAAGAAGAGUUCAGUCGUGAAAUGCGUGCACGUUUUCCAGAGGUGACAAUCUUCAGACAAAGUGGGAUGAUCACUUUGGAAGGCCUUGACAAGGAGGUGCAGUCAGCAGCUGCAAAACUUGACGAACUGAUCAAGAAGAUAAAAGAAAAGAGAGUUCAGGUCUCUACAGCUUUAAUGACAUUCCUAACAUCCAGCGAUGCCAUCUCCAAGUACCAGACCCGCUUCCAGCAGAGCCUCAGAAACCCUGUUUCCCUGGACGUGGGGUCCGAUCUGGUUCUGUCCAGUUUGUCCUGUGAUGCCCUGGAAGAGGCUGCAGCAGCUGUGUUAAGAGAUGUGAGUGUGGCCACUGUAGAGCUGCAGGGUGCUGCAGCUGUAGCUCCAGAUCUGGACAGACUCAAAGAAAUCCUGAUCAAAGCUAAGAAUGACGCAAACCUCAGCGAGCUCAAAGUGGAUGUCAGCUUCAUCCCAGGACCCAGUGGAACCACUAAAGUACAACUGGUGGGCUACAGUGACAUUGUGAACGCGCUCAAACAGGUUCUUCAUGACUACCAUAUGAAUCAGGUAGUGACUCAGGAAGUGCUGAACCUGCCAAAUCCUGAGCUGGUUGACUGUUUUGAACAAAUAUUAGAGCUGAUUGGCAUGAAGCAGACACAAGUGACCUUAAAAGCCUCACAUCUCCCGUACCCCUGUGUGAUCGUGUCUGGCCCUCGUUGUCUGGUCCCAAAGAUUCAGGCAGAUUUAAACAAAGCUUUAGCCAGUCUGACGUCAGAUACACUGCUUUUAAAUGGAGCAGGGGUGCAGCGCUACUUCCAGAGAGAAGGUAAAGCACGCAAAGAGCUGGUAGAGAACUCCUGUCAGGUCGUCAUCAAGGAGCAGCAACAAGUGCAUCCUCACACAACGGCAGCAGUCUCAAAUUUACUCUCAAGACUCCAAUGCAUCCCAAACUUCAACACAGCCAGUACGUCCACUGGCAGACAGCAAUGCAACACUCCCAGCAAUACACCAAAUACCACAAACGUCUCUGUCAACAAAACUGUCCUGGAGGUCAGACUGGGCAGUUUGGUGGACGAGCAGGUGAACGUGCUGGUGGCCCCCAUGAUCUCCAGAGAGCUUACUUCUACUAAAAUUGGUAAAUGUCUGUUGAGUAAAGGAGGGAGUAGAAUGCAGAACAAAUUUGACCUGGUGGCGAGGAAAUGUUCCCUCACUGCUGGUAACGUGAUGCAAGUGGAUGCACCUACGUCUCUGGGCUGCUCCAAGAUCUUCUUCAUCGAGUGCCUGCCAUGGGAUGGAGUCAGGGGCCGGAGCAUGGAGGUGCUUGGUAAUGGUCUGAAAAGGUGUUUGGACCUCUGUGUAAAGCAGGGCUGGUGUUCUGUUGCCUUGCCGGUCAUCGGACCCGGGGUGGCUUUAAAGUACCAGCUGAGAGACGCUAUUCAAGUCCUGACUGACAAGAUUCACCAGUUUGGAUCAUCUGCUUCCUGUGGUUCUCUCUCUGCCAUCCAUGUUGUCAUUAGACCAGACUACCCUGACUCUGAAGAGUGCUACCAUGAUGUCUACAGACUCCUCAGCAUGAACAUGAACCAGGGAGGCAAAGCGAUCUUCAGGUCCCUCACCAGUGACCUUGAUGACAUCACUGUGACACUGGGGGGCGGAGUUAAACUACAGGUUGUGUUUGGUGACAUCACCAAUGAGACUACUGAUGCUGUGGUGAACACGACCAACUUCACUGACUUUCAGACAGGCGUGUGCAGAGACAUCUUAACUGUUGCUGGACCCCAGAUGGAGGCCGAACUCAGAAACGCGAAAGUGAACCGAGGGGAUGUUUUCAAAACCCAGCCCGGCUCGUUCCCCUGUAAAGCCAUUUUGCACGUCUGUGGAGAAAAGGAUGCCGCCGUCGUCGAGCAACUGGUGUGCAGCAUCAUUCAACUCUGUGAAUCCUCCGGACACAAGUCUGUGGCCAUACCGGCCAUCUGUGCUGGAGCUGGUGGGUUGGACCCUGAUCUUGUGGCUCGUGUCAUCCUCAGAGGGAUCAACAUCACUGCAUCAUCUAGUCCACUCUGGUGUGUCACCAACAUCCGACUUGUGCUGAUCAAAAUCAAGGUUUUCCUGGCGUUUAAGAAGCAAGUGAUGCAGAUGUUUCCCUCUGCUGUAAUCAACACAGUGGCAGCUGCCGCACCACAGCCCCCUCCUCCACAGGUCGUAAAUAUAGACCCUAACAUCCUGUGCAGCAGCUCGACAGUCCAGCAGUCUGUCUUCACGAUAGUCGGCCUGCGUAGAGAAAGUGUUGACAAUGCCGUGACACUACUCAAGAGUCUGUAUGAGUCUCAGUGCUCCACACAAACCUUCAGAAAGGAGGAGCUUGCAGGCCUCAGUCAGGAUGACAUGAAUGGCCUGAAGCAGCUGAUAGAGGACCUGGAGGUGUUGGUGGAGGAGGAGCAGUCAGGCCGGGGCGGCUGGACGGUGAGCGGGUUAAAAGAUGGAGUCAACCAGGUGAUGCAAAUGAUUCACAAGUCUGUGAUGUAACUCUUUCAUUGACUACGAGAAAAUUGUUUGUUAUUACAAAACCGUCUGAAUUGAGAAAAGAGGGGAAAGGUGAAUAUAUGUCAGCACAACCAGUAAUAUACAAGUAAAUGAACAACAGUUUUGGAAUUGGUUACAUUUUUUUAAUUGUUUGGAAGAAAAAAACAGUGUCUAGAUGUUUGUUUCUGCUGAAGCAACCAGAAUGAUUAUCUCUAUUGAAGUGGGACUGUUUUAUUAUUACUCUAUAUUUUACAAGUUGCAUAAUUGAAAAUAAACACUAACAUUAGAUUACAAUAAAUCAAGAUGUCAGACUUUAGUGAGAUACAAUUCUUUUUUUUUUUACAUUUAAUUCUUUUUGAUGCAUAUGUUAGCAUAUAUUCUGUUUUAGGCAAGGCAAGUUUAUUUGUAUAGCACCCUUCAUGUCCCAGACAAUUUAAAGUUCUUUAGAUAAAACAUUAAGAGCAUUACAGUGAGGGGCAGAUAGUUAAAAGAUGCAGAGAUGUUUUUAACCUGGAUUUUAAAGUGUCUACAUUUAGUAAAAGUUUAAUCUCCGCUGGCAGUUUGUUCCACUUGUUUGCAGCACAACAGCUAAAUGCUGCUUCUCCAUGUUCAGUCCAAACUCUGGUUGAACUAGCGGACCUGAGUCCUUGGAUCUAAGAGCCCUGUUAGGUUUGUAUUCUCUGAACAUAUCACAGAUUUAGUCUGGGCGUAAACCGUUCUGGUUUUAGUUAAAUCAGGAAGAACAGCUGCAGAAGCAAACAAAGCCACAGUUAUCACAUCCUUUGAACAUACAGCAGCAUUUACUUCUGUAUUUGGAAAUUUGCUCUUUUUAUUGUGUAAAGAAAAUUUGAAAGGAAUUAGUUUCACAAGUAUGAAUGCACUGAUGCAGCAGGAAUGCCGACCAAACACCUAAAUCUGUCAAUCUAUGAAGCUUUUAAAAGGCUCAGUUUUUCCAGUCAAAGUUAGCUCUAUUUAACAAAAAAAUAAAAGCUUGAGGAUCCCUCGCACAUUCUCAUAAAAUGUACUCUCUGUUUUCUCAUACCCACAAAAAUCGGAUCCUAUUACCCUUUGUCCAACUUUGAUUGUUGUCUUCUUUUAGAAAUCCCUGUAUUUGUAUUCUAUAUUUUUGAGAAGAUACCUAUUGAAAUCAUUGUCAUAACUGCUGAAGCUAUUCUGUUCAACAGCUGCUCCACUGUUUACUCUGAAUCUGUUUUUUAGUCUCAGUGUGACAUCUGGUGGGUUGAAGCAAUAACAUUGCAGGCUGUCAGUUUUAUACCAGAACUUCCUAUGUGAUAGUUUCUCAAUGGUUUAGGUUUUCUUGUGUGUUUGGAAAUCGCAUUAAAAUAAUCAAAUGUGCAAAAGGCA